UGGGAAUGAUGGGAAAUGAGCGGCAGACAGGACGGCUCAGUGGAGGGCUCGCAAGAAGAAAAGACAGCGACACAAAAAGUGGAAUUGGAACUUUUUUUUCUCCCUCUCUGGAAUGGCGAAGGCCGAGAGACAGAGCGGCGGGUGGGGGGACGGGGGAUGUUGAUGGUGGCAAACAAAGAGAACGUGAAGAGAAUGAGUCGGGGGGAGACAUCAAAGGGAUUUUUCAGGCCUGGUUACCGGGACAACAGACAUUUGCAUGCCGUUAGCUUUUUACAUCAUAUUAGCAACACGCAAGGAUGGGGGAGGGCCUGGCUGGCCUGGACGCUCCACACUAUACAGUACAUCUCACACGCACACGCACACGCUCGAUCAAACGACUCGCGAGCGCUGAUUGACACCUUUCAAAACCAACCGACAGACAUUAGGCCUCGCACAGGAGGGAAAACAAAUAGCACAAAUGAAAAUAAACGCUGCAGACCAGGCCACAUGGGGACCAAUUCCAACAAGUUGCCCAACCGAGUAACACACUAAGAAGCCUAAAAAGAAUACAAAUGCUGAUGGCGAGGAGUCAUGGUUGGUCAAAGCAUCAUGUAAUCAGCGGGCGCGGGCGGGCACGGGCGGGUGUUUCGAGUUUUCCAUAUGUGAUCACCUUCUUCCUUCAUCCCGCUCCCUCGCGUGCAUCCUCCCUGACUCACUUCAUCCUUUCAUCUAUCCUCCCUUCCUUUCGUCCUCUGUCCCUCUUUCUGCGAGUGUGCCGCUUCAGUGCCCUCAGUAUUGUGGCAGCGUGGUGCCAGUAGGCGUCGCCGUGACAGCCGUUGUCACGGUAGCAUUGUUGGGGGGUGAUGGAGUGUGUGUGUGUGUGUGUGUGUGGUUGGAGUGUAUUACAGUAUCAAUACACUGACACUGCGACAAAAAGGACAGCAGCCGCCACUGUAUAUCACUCCUCUUCCUCCUCACCGCUAAAUCAAUCUCUCCUCCCUUCCAUUGAUUUCACACACACACACAACUUCCUCAGCUCACCUCCUCCCUGCUCAAACAUCUACUGCAGCCUCACCCCUCUCCCCCAUCUUUCAUUUCAUCUCGCAUGCCCCCCCUCUGUCUCUCUCUCUCUCUCUCCAUCACUCACCCUCACCCCACUCUCCCUCCCUCAUGGCUGUUUUUCUUGUUUGUGUGUGUGUGUCUCACGCUCUCUCUGCAUAUUAAUUGGUGCAUUUUUGCUGCGGCGGAGCAAACAAUCAAAGCAUCAUAGGCGGAAGCUCAUGCCAUUAUUGUGUACACACACAUUAUACAGGGCGUACAACAUGGCAAACGUACACACACGUGCACUUGUAGACUCGCAUGGCUGCUGACACAAUAGCAGCGCACUCUUGCUCAUCAGAAUCAGAAUCAUCUUUACCCGGCGGAUAUGUCGGGUGUCGGCACACGCGUUUGGAAUCUCGGCAAAUAUGCGGCCGGCGCCGCAUCCGAACCCGAAGGCCUCCGCGACUCCAGGCAAGUAAGCCGCACGUUGCUCGUGAGUCUUUCGCUGCUCUUCUUCACCCGCAAUUGUGUGUGUGUGUAGGGGCAGGUAAGGAGUCGGGACCCUCGCCCGGACCCUCGAAGCACAGCACGAGCGCACGGCGGUUUUGGACUCUCCGCUCGGAAAAGCGGGGAUCGAAGGAGGAGUUGGACCCCCCCCGGCCGAGAGUCUGAAGAAUGGCAUAAGGCCGCACACGCUCCCGCAGAGGAUGGAUUCCACCUGUUCCCCUGAGCCGCCGCCCCAUCCCAAAAGCCCGCAAGCUUCCCCUCGGGGUCCGAACGCAGCGCCGCGCACCCCUCUUUCUGUGUCGGCCCCGGCUGAGGAGGACCAUCCGAACCGCCGGGGCCAAGAAGAUGAUCAACAAAACGGUGAUGCCUUUCCGUCCCCCACCCCGGCCGUGGCUCUAUUCCCGGGAGGGGGGGGAGCCGAAGCGGGACGCAGUCCGACUCUGGACUCUUCUCCGCCGGCCACGCCCUCGGCACCCCCCUUCGGCUUUGGAGCCCUGGAGUUUGCCCUCUCCUCGGGGCCCAGCGGAAGCUGCAAUGAUGAGCUGGACCUACAGCUCUUCCAGAGGAACGCUUUCACCAGGGCGGCAACCGGAGGGGGAGGGGCGGCGUCGGGACCGUCGCUCCGCUUCUCCUGUCACGUCUGUGGGAAGAGAUUCCGAUUCCAAAGCAUUUUGUCCCUGCACGCCAGAGCCCACAGUCUGGACCGACACCGUCAACCCUCGUCGCAUUAUCGGGCCGCUCUGCCUUCGGCGCCUCUCAAACAGAACCUUGGAGACCAAAUGAACAAAAAACAACAGAUUCAGAAGGACAGAAGACACCCGGUGAGCGGGAAUCGUACAGGCGCGCUGCCAGGGGAGGACGAGGAAGAGGAGGAUGGUCCCAAAGAUGCAGAAUUGGAACAGAACCACACAACAUUGAGCCCUCCGCUAAAUGAAGACCUUACUCCUUGGACAGCGUCUGCUCCUGCCCCAUCGACGUUCCGUUGCCACGCCUGCAAAGGAAAAUUUCGUACGGCUUCUGAGUUGGCGCGCCACGUCCGCAUUCUCCACAACCCGUACAAAUGCACGCUUUGUCCUUUCUCCGCCAACCAGGAAGGCUCCCUGGCAUCACAUCUGCAGGAGUGCCACCCCUCCCCAGAGGGGCCCACUUUGCUUUCACCCUUUACCAAUUCCCGGCCGGUCGGCGUUUCCGCAGAGGCUCCCCAAACCUCAUCCCCCGCCAAAGUGUCAGGAUCGUCCUUGUUGCCGGCAUUCCGUUGCGAUACUUGCGGACAGAGGUUCACUCAGUCGUGGUUCCUCAAGGGACACAUGCGAAAGCACAAGGACUCCUUGGACCAUAAGUGUCAGGUGUGCGGGCGUGGCUUCAAGGAGCCGUGGUUCCUCAAAAACCACAUGAAAGUGCACCUCAAUAAGCUCGGCCUCAAAGCCGGCUUGGGAAGCGUCGACGCCGAUCCGCAGGCCAAAGGCUCCGCGGGUCACCUGUCCCUGAACGCCCUCUACUCCAGCCUUCUUUUGGCUCGGAAGGGGUCUGGCAGAACAGGGCAAGGAAGGCCAGAGAAGGAGGGCACGAGGAGGAUGCGGACGGAUUCCUGCAAGUCGGCUAUCCUGGGCUACUUGGGCCUUCCCGGCGACAGCGGCGGGGCCAGCUGCACGGAGAGACUCCAAGCCGUAGCCCAAGUGGCUGAGAGGGGAAACGGUGGCGGCACCGUGAGUACGGAAGCGGGGGCAGUCGGAAGAGAGAGGACGGAGCCCAGAUGCACCGUCGAAGGAGGGGAUCAAGCACCCUGGUGGCAGCUGGUGGCUCGAAGCCUCACUGUGGCUCAGCAGCAGCAGCAGCAGCAGCAGCAGCAGCAGAGAGAGCGAGACAGCGCUCACCAUACCGGUCUGAACAGGACUGUAGGAGUAGAGACCGACCCGGUCAGAGCCUACGCAGACACUAUGGAUGCUAGAGGAGCUGCCGGAGGAGCUCCCAGUGCAGCCGAGGGUUCAUGGGAAUGUCCGGACUGCGGAAAGCUCUUCCACAGCCUCCAGCAGGUGCUUGUUCACGCCCGUGUACACACUCACAAGGCCCAGAAAGGAGGAGCCUCAGGUGAGACGGACGGAACUUGCAGCUCCAGUGGAGCCAGAGGAAGCCCCGGCGAACUGGGCCAGGAAUCCAAAGUGCAACAAGCAGCGGCGGCAAGCUUUCAGUCUGUCAUGCCAGGCUUCAAAGGACAGAACGGGACCGUGGGGGCGCCGUCGGCUGUGGCUUCGCUUUCCGGCAGCAGGGAACGCGUCCGCGGUCGAGGGAUUAAGGAUUGUCCCUACUGCGGUAAAGCCUUCCGCUCAUCCCAUCACCUCAAAGUGCACCUGAGAGUCCACACAGGUGAGAGACCCUACAAGUGCCCCCACUGCGACUACGCCGGCACUCAGUCGGGUUCGCUCAAAUACCACCUUCAACGGCACCACAGAGAGCAACGCAACUUGUCGGGGUCGGCGGCGGCCUCUGCGGGCGGACUCGCCGCCGGCGUCAACGGUCCGACCUCAGUUAAGCAGCGGCGAUCGCAAACCGAUCCCAAAGCCCGGUCAGACAGUCUCGCCUCCGAGCCCGGCCAGCGGUCUUGGCUCCUCGGACUUCCGCAGCAGCAUCAGACUGGUCAAGGAGCCCUUGCGUCUCUAAGGGACAUCGACGCGGAGACCCAGUACCGCUAUCUAUCGGGGAUGAUGGGGGGCUUCUACCCUGGCGGUAUGGAAGGAGCGUGGGUCAGGGAGUCUCCUCCUCCGAAAGCCCUCAAGGUUUCCCGCCGUAAGCCUCUUACCACCAACCGGAUGGUGGCGGCCCGCGACGAUCGAGCGUCAGCUUCCCCGGGUCAAACAGGCGCCUUUGAACCCCUCGAUCUGUCCCGGCGUUCUACGCCAGGCCUCGGAGGGCUGGAAGAAGAAGGAGGAGAACGCAUCAAACUGAAGCAGUGUUUGGACUGUCCGUUUCGGACAUCCUCCGCUGAGCUCAUGACCAUGCACCUCCAGGUCAACCACACCAGUAAGUCCCGCCGUAAACUAACCUCUUUGUCCACCUUCGACGACAAGGACAAAGACGGGGCCCUGAAGGGCUCCGGAUCCUGGCACCAGCCCGAUUCGCUCUGGAUUUGGGGCUACACCGAUGAGUCUCAAGCGGAAGCCCGGGAAGGCUCCUCAAACCAGAUCUGGACCCCCAACGGGCUCCCUCCGGACCAUCACAGUGACAUGCGAGCGAUGAGCCCGGCCCUCCAAAGUGAUUCGGGGGGUGACGAUGGUGAAGAGCAGGAGGAUGAAGAGGAGUGCAGCAGCGGCACAGAGGACCAACACGAGAGAAACGACCUCGCAGAUUAAAACAGCUGUACAUUUUCAAGACGUUUUUUUUUACUCCUUUUUGCAAAACACAUUCGUAAGUGCAAGAAGCAUUCCAUCAAAGGUGGUCCACGAUCAGACUCCGGGAUGGGAUUUUCUGUGUGGUCUCUCUUGGAACAGGAGGUGUGAACAUCGGGUGGAGUGCAUUUAGACUUCUAGUGUUCUUGUGGCUGCAAGCUGUCACGAUGGAAAGAAGGUAGCGGCAGCGAUGAAAACACAAAGACGUCCCAGUAGAAAGUGUAGCUUUUACCGUGAGAAAAAGGAAAAAAAAAAAAAAGCUUUUUAAUGGUGUUUGGUUGGAAAAUGACUUAGAUGUUUGUGAGCUGAAUGUCCUUACGCAGCACUGUGCAACUUGUUCUUCUUUUUGUGGACCAAAUGUUUUGUUUUUCUCGUUGACGGCGGAUCAUCUCCCGAUCCAAGCGUGUGGCGUUGAAGAGCGUUGGCGUGAUUCCGCCACAGACGCCGAUCUCCAACCGGACGCUGCUGACGAGCGUCAAAUCCACCGUGCCUUCUGUUUCGAGCACUUCCUGGUCCGUUUCGUACAACCGGCUUCCUUUCGUCUGUCCGUUCCGCCAAAGCAAACCCCACCCAGAGAUGGGGACUCGAGUCACUGAGACUUGAGCCAGCGUUGACUGCCUUCACUGUUUCGAUGACUUGUGACUUGACUUGACUUGACUUGUACUUAAUUGGGAGUAAACAACUCGGGACUUGAUUUGAGACCACGAUGAGGUGUUCGAAGUUAGCACAGUAGUCAUAAAGACAAUCAGCCUGUUUUUGUGUGGACUUUCCCCUUCCCGACCAGGGACGGCAAAUGCCAAACAAGCUUAUGUUUUAUACGAUUAUCCUUAGGUCCGAGGUGGGUUAAGAGUGGUUUUGCUGUUUUGUUGUUGACCAAGAGGUCUGGGCCGACAAUCUUAAAUAAUCAACAUGUUCAAUUUUUAUGACCAAAAGUCUUCAUGUUUGUGGGCAAAAGUGACGUCUCCCCGAGUCAUGACACGGAACAGAACAUAGUCAAUCAAGAAGCGCCCUGACUCAGCAAAGGGAAAAGACCGGAAAUAAAAACAAACAUAUCUAUAUCUAUAUCUAUAUAUAUAUAUAUAUAUGUCGUUUUUUUGUAUAAAAGUGGGUUCCCCGGACGGAAAGAAGUCUUUUUUGACGACAUGGCCAUUUUACAAGGCAACCUUCGGGCACACUUGAGAAACAUCGGCACAUAUCUGGAAGUGUUUCGUCUUUUUGUUUCGCGAGGUCUCCUGCGAUCGCGUGAGGUUUCGAGAUCUGCGGCAGAAGAGAUUAUUGGCGCACACCGCACAAUUAUCUUGAUGUGUGGUCUGUCACAGAGAAUAAAUCUUUUCAAAUUUGAAGCAUCCUUGUGUGUAGCAGGCCCAAGUUUGAUGAAUUGGCCAAGAAUUUGGCGAUCUGAGCGUUUUUGUGGUCUCUCUUUAUGAUGCUGCAGGUAAGACUUUCGGAAGAAGCGAACUUGACUUGACUCGAGUCAACCUGUGACUUGACCUGACUCGACUCAGGAUUUGCUUGAGACUUGUACGCGUGACUCGAUGCCAUCUCUGGCAGACCGCCUCGAGCCCGGACCUUAAACGAAGGACGUAGUGUAGAGGCAAGACGAAGGGCCAGAUGAGAUCUGGCCAAAAUCUGUCCAAGGAGACAUUAAAAGAUAGACGGAGACCAAUAAUCUUCUCUUCCCGCCAGUCCUUCCGUUUGUGGUCCCGAGGCCUUCGUUGGACUUCCUGUGUGUGUGACAUGUUUCAAACAUGCCGUCGUGCUUGAAAGGAAACCUCAUGUUGAAUGUCGUACAGCUAGCUAGCUUAGAGAUGUCGCUGGUAUUAGUGGCGGUUCUAGCCCGUUAUUAGCGGUUUUCAGACCGGGUCGAAGGGUUCUUUCGGGGGGGGGGGGGGGACUACAAUCGUCAACGGGGGGCAAAUGGGAAAUUUUGACAGGCUAGUCCGGUCGCAUCCUAUCUCUUUUGUCGGGGUUUGGGGGGCACUGCCGAGAACCGCCACUUGCUGGUAUAUUGUUUUUCUUUCAAAGCGAGAGCACAAACCCGAGCCACCGCUCUCCCCGACUCAAACCCGCCCGCCGAUCCCGAUGGUUGGCUCGGCGUAGCGAGGUGCUCGUUUUGAAUGUAUUGGCGAAGGGAAAGCCCUCCCGCAAUGCAAACUGCGAUGGGCCACCUGCAAUAUUUGCACCUCAAAGGUCGUCCGAAGGCGGCGGCGGCGCCGAGCUGGGUUUGCGCUCUCGUGUAGUCGGCUGAGUCAUCUAACGUAUUCUAGUCGUGACUAAUAUGAUCAGCAAAAAAAAAAUUCCUAAUAAGAAUAAUAAUAAAAAAAUAAACAAAGA